CAACAAGCUAAAGCAGAUUCGUUCUCUCUUCUUACCUAAUAAUCCAUAAGCACCUUCAGCCCUGCCUAAUUCCUCGCUGGUAGCAUCCUUCACUUCGUCAAUGCUAUUCAAGUACAGCAUUCUGGCACUGCUCGUCCAAGCCAUCGCUGUCCGAGCACACAGUGACUUGGGCAAGCGCGGCAAUAUUGCCUCUUGCCCCGGCUACAAGAUCGUCUCCAAGCAAGAUACGGCUAGCGGGUUCUCAGCCACGCUCAAGCUUGCCGGCAAACCUUGCAAUGCCUAUGGCAAUGACGUUAGCGAUCUGAAGCUCAAUGUCGAUUUUGACAGCCAGGACCGACUGCAUGUGCAUGUGCAAGAUUCAGCCGGCAAACAGUACCAGAUCCCAGCAUCGGUGCUGAAGCUGGAUGCGAGCAAACAGACAAACAAGAGCAAGGCGAGCCUCAAGUUCAACUACUUCCAGGACGCCAAGCAUGGCUUCGGCUUCAAGGUGUCGCGCGGCAAGGACACAGUUUUCGACACCACCGGUCACCCGCUGAUCUUCGAGGACCAGUACAUUGAAGUGACAUCGAACCUGCCCAGCAAUGCCAACAUCUACGGCAUUGGUGAGACACCCGACUGGUUCCGGCGUGAUACCGCCAACACAAUCAAGACACUGUGGAACCGCGAUGCAGCAGAUCCGUUCCAGGAGAAUGUCUACGGCUCGCAUUCGAUCCACAUGGAGCUGCGCAAUGGCAAAUUCCACGGCGCCUACCUGCACAACUCGCACGGCAUGGACAUUGUGCUCGCCAACAACACAAUCCAGUACCGCGUGCUGGGCGGCACCGCCGACUUUUACUUCUUCAACGGACCGACGGCGCUCGAUGUCAUCGACCAGUACACGGAGCUGGUUGGCCGUCCGAACCGCAUACCGUACUGGGCACUGGGGUUCCAGAACUGCCGGUAUGGCUACAAGAGCGUCUAUGAGGUCAACGACGUGAUUGCCAACUACUCCAAGGCCGAGAUCCCACUGGAGGUGGCCUGGACCGACAUCGACUACAUGGACCGCACGCGCGACUUCACCUUUGACCCAGUCAACUUCCCGCUCAGUGAGAUGCAGAAGCAGCUCAAGUACCUGCACGCGCACAAUCAGAAGAUGGUGCUUAUGACCGACCCAGCCAUCCAGCGCAACUCUUCUUACGGCCCGUAUGCGCGCGGCCAUGAGCAGGACGUGUUUGUCAAGAAUUCUGACGGUAGCGUGUUUGUAGGCCAGGUAUGGCCCGGGUACACGGCAUUCCCGGACUGGUUCGCGCCCAACGCCGACAAGUGGUGGAGUGGCGAGCUGAAGCGCUACUUUGAAGCGCUGCCAAUUGAUGGCAUGUGGAUUGACAUGAACGAGGCUGCCAGCUUCUGCACUGGCAGCUGUGGCUCAGGAAUCCCUGAAGAUGUUGUGCCGCCAUUGCCCUGGAAUGCCGACCCGCCACCGGUCUACCGGCCGCUCAACAUAAGCAACCCGAUGCUGGUACCACCGUAUGCUAUCCACAAUCCAUGGGUGGAGCUCUCCAACAAGACCAUCGAGACCACAGCCCUGCAUGCCAAUGGCGUCCUGGAUUACCAUGUGCACAACAUCUAUGGACUGAUGAUGUCUAUUGCCACGCACAAGUUCCUGACAACCUACAGGCCAAACACGCGGCCGUUCCUGCUCUCGCGCUCCACGUUUGCCGGCUCCGGCGCCCUGGUCAGCCACUGGACCGGCGACAACGAGUCGUCGUUCAAGGACCUGCAUGUGUCAAUUGCAUCGAUGCUGGAUUUUGGUAUUUUUGGCAUCCCGAUGGUGGGUGCUGAUAUCUGCGGUUUCAACGGCAAUACAACCGAGGAGCUGUGCGCACGCUGGAUUGAGGUCGGUGCCUUCUAUCCGUUCUCGCGCGACCACAAUGUCAUUGGCGCCAUCCCGCAGGAGCUCUACCGGUGGGAGUCUGUGGCCGAGGCCAGCCGCUGUGCCCUUGCUGUUCGCUAUGCUCUGCUGCCAUACUUCUACACCAACUACCAGCAUGCUGUCGAGAAUGGCUGGCCAGUUGCCCGCCCGCUCGUGUUCCAGUACCCCGAGAUCGCAGCCACCUCUGCAAUUGACAAGCAGUUCCUGAUCGGCGAUGGGCUCCUGAUCUCACCGGUGCUGACUCAAGGUGCAGUCACUGUCGAUGCGUUCUUCCCCAAGGGCGUCUGGUACGACUGGUACACAUACAAGGCAGUCAAGGGCGAGAACAAGGAAAUCACAUUAGAUGCCCCGCUGGAGCACGUCAACGUGCAUGUCCGUGGUGGUGCGAUUCUGCCGGCCCAGGUUCCCGCCAUGACGACCACCGACUCGCGCAAGAACGACUAUUAUCUUGUCGUUGCCGUAGAUGAGCGUGGUCGUGCUGAGGGAAAGCUGUACCUGGAUGAUGGCGAGACCUUCGAUACUCCGCAUCGCUGGAUCUCGCUGGAGUACAAGAACGGUAGGCUGUCGGUCUCACAGGACAGUGGCAACUACAGAGUGGCCCCCAAGCUCACCAAAGUCGUAUUGCUUGGUGUCGAUAAUGUCAAGACAGUCAGGGUUAGCGGUGCAUCGCAGAGCGCAGCCAAAAUUUUGUCAGAGAACGACAGCACCACAGUGGAGGGUCUCAGCAUUGAUCUGAACCGCAGCGCAAGCAUCUCGUUCAAGUAGCAUACUGCAGGCCGAGUGUUUCAGUGGAUGAGGUUUAUAAUAGAGAUAUUGGUUGCUG